GCGAGUUUCUCUGCUCGAAGUUUCAAAUGUGUGCGACUCCCGCGACUGCUUGAGGAAGCGACUCAACUGUCUCGUCUACUUGCUUAUUUCAAUUAAGCGAAGCCUCUAGAUUUUGGAUGUAAAGACGUAUACAAUGAUGGACUCUUCUGAGCUGGCAGAACUGUGCCAGCAAAUAAAUGACAAAAUAUUUGCCACCAGAACCAUCUUGGAACUGCGCACAGUAGCAAACGAAGAGGAUAAGCAGAACAUUUUGGUGAAGAUGGGAAAGGAUAUCUUUGCCAUAAAUGGACUCCUUGAUACGCUUGAAACGCAUGUUUUUCAACAACAAGACCUGCUGAAUGGCUUGAAGGAGCUUGAGGAGUUCUUCCAGGAAGACUUGCACGAUGGAUAUCAUCUCCGUGACAACAUGCCCCUGCAUAUGCCAAGGAAGGGUCUUCAAACUGCCAAUACUUUAACCCAGAGCCAGCAGGAUCAGGUCCAUCAUGUCGAGGAGCAGAACCUGCAGAAGAAACCCACUCGCCCCCAGAUCCGUGAAAUGGUGUACAUCACCACUGAGGAGUUUGAAAGCAUUCCACAAUACAUGAAGGGUCGUAUGACAUACAGCCAACUUAAUGCAGCAGUACAGAGCAUCAACACCGCUGUGAAGGAGAAAUACAGCAUCGUGCAGCAGCCAGCCAAGACCCUGACUAAUGUCACUCGCAGGCUUCACCAGCGCUUUAAAGACGAGGAGACCAAGGACACCAAGGGUCACUUUUUCGUGGUGGAGGCAGACAUUCAGGAGUUCACGCAGCUGAAGUUGGACAAGCGCUUUAAGGGCAUGCUGAGCAUGCUGCGGCACUGUCACCGUCUGCGUGAGCUGCGGGGAGCUGGCCUCACCCGCUACAUCCUGCUGUGACCUGUACUACCACCCCACCCCAAACACCCGCUACGUCCUGCUGUGACCUGUACUACCACCCCAAACACCCGCUACGUCCUGCUGUGACCUGUACUACCACCCCAAACACCCGCUACGCCCUGCUGUGACCUGUACUACCACCCCACCCCAAACACCCGCUACGUCCUGCUGUGACCUGUACUACCACCCCAAACACCCGCUACGUCCUGCUGUGACCUGUACUACCACCCCAAACACCCGCUACGCCCUGCUGUGACCUGUACUACCACCCCACCCCAAACACCCGCUACGUCCUGCUGUGACCUGUACUACCACCCCACCCCAAACACCCGCUACGUCCUGCUGUGAGCUGAUAGCACACCACCCCAAACACCCGCUACGUCCUGCUGUGAGCUGUAGUACAACCCCACCCCAAACACCUGCUACGUCCUGCUGUGACCUGUAGCACCACCCCACCCUUAACACCCACUACAUACUCCUGUGAGCUGGAUAGCACCGCCCUACCCCAAACGCGUGCUACAUCCUUUUGUGCCUCUGCUCUGAUGCAGUUUUCUUGAAGGACUGAGAAAUAGCCUGGUUAGUUAACUGGCUUUCUUACUAGCUGUCAAGAUUUCUUUGCUGAACAUCCACAUGCUACUUGAGUAUUUGUGUAAAUAUGAAUAUAUUAUGAUUGUUUGGUUUUAACACGUGUACCAUAAACUCCCAACUUCCUGAUUCCAAA